GAAGCUCACCGCCUCCAUUCUGCAUGGACUGAGCUGGUAUCUUGGCUACGGCAGCAGUCGGAUCAAUUAGAUGAGCAUGCAAGUCUCAUAGGAACCCGAGCGGAAACCUUGCGUCACCAGCUUUCACGGCACCGUGAUUUUCAGCAACAGCUGGCUGCCAAGAAUAUUCUCUUCGACACUCUUCGAAGGGAAGCCCGGCGAACCCGAGAUCGAGCACCGACAGCGGACCACGCUGAGCUAGAUGAUAUGAUUAACGAAUUAAAGCAAAGCUGGCUUUUGGUGUGCAUGAAAUCCUUAGAAAGGUAA